UGCGAACUUAUCAAGUCGAGCUCGGUGGAGGAGGGUGCGGAGGGGAAGAGGGCGGCGUUGGUUUUGCGGGCGGAUGCAGGGAGGGCGUUGGAUGAUGCGUGGAGAGGGGGGUGGGUGGAUGUUGGGUUGGUUGAGGCUGCUGCUAUUUUAGCCCUCUUUGAAUCCUGUGCCCAUCCGGACCACACGCCCGACCGCUUCGCUCGCUCGCUGGUAACCCUUGACGAACUGAUUCGAUCAUUAUCACUAACGAGUAUAGAUGCCCACGAUCGGGACGUGGUGCGCUUCCCGCCAGGCCAGGUCCCUGUUGUUUUACUUGACGGGGGCGGCGAGGAGGGCGAGAGAAAAUGUUCUUGUGUUGGGUUCGCGAAUGAUUCUCAUACGCGAAUUGGCGGUGCCGCAGGUGGCGAUUCUCAUAACGUUGGUGAGGAUGCCCAUUCUGUCAGCGGUGGUGCUGGUGCUGGCGACUCGCCAACCAAUUCCACGUGCUCGCCCACGCUUCCUUGGGACCCCGCGUGGACCGCGAGAGAGAUUAGAAAUGAAGAGGUACGCAGGCUCUGCUGGGGAGCUCUGGUCCUCGUGGCGGGGUUCAGCGCGCAAUGCUUGGUUCAAGUAAAGGGGGAUUAUAGCUGGGAGCGGUGCCCGUAUUGCUUCGAUGAAAUGUAG